CCCGGCAGGACAACUGGCCGCCUCUCCCCUCGGCCUGUCCGGUCGGCCCCUGCUUCUACCAGGACAUUAGCGUCGACAUACCCCUAGAAUUCCAGAAGAUUGUGCGGAUGCUCUACUAUCUGUGGAUGUUCCACGCCCUCAUGCUAUUGCUAAACAUCCUAGGAGGGCUAGGGGUGUUCGUGGCCUUUGGCGACGGCUCGACGUUUGGCCUCGCCAUCCUCUACUUCUUCAUCUUCACGCCCUUCUCGUACAUCUGCUGGUUUCGGCCGAUCUACAAGGCGUUCAGAAACGACAGUUCGUUCAACUUCAUGGUUUUCUUCUUUGUGUUCUCCUUCCAACUGAUCGUCAGCGUCAUCAACGCCAUUGGGGUGCCGUCGAUGGGCACCUGCGGCUUUGUGCUCGGUCUCUCCACCCUCGGGGACGACGACGACGUCCCGGCGAACUACAUCGUGGGAAUCAUGGUGUUGAUGAUAGCUCUGGGGUUCGCGGCAGUGGCUGCCGUCGACGCCAUCCUGCUCAUUAAGGUUCACCGCAUCUACCGCAGCACGGGGGCCAGUUUCGCUAAGGCCCAGGCCGAGUUCUCCCAGGGGGUGAUGGGCAACGAGCACGUGCAGAGCGUGGCCUCGAACGCCGCCUCGCACGCCGUCCGGAACCACCUCUUCGCGUCGGGGGGCGUCGGGGGGGCGGGGGGAGGCGGAAUGGGUGGUGGAGGUGGUGGUGGAGGUGGUGGUGGAGGAGGCGGAGGUGGUGGAGGGAUGGGUGUGGGUGGGGGCUCUGGUACGGGGCCGAGGUUUUAAAGGGGGUGGGUUUUU